AUGCGAGCUGAAGGAGGAAUCAAAGCGAUUGAAGCUGCCAUGCCCAAGCUUGAAGCCACACAUAAGGAGUGCAUUCGCGUUUAUGAUCCACACGACGGUGAAGACAACAAACUCAGGUUAACUGGGAAGCAUGAGACCAGUUCGGCCGAGUUUUUCACCUGGGGCGUGGCCAAUCGCGCUGCUUCGGUUCGCAUACCAAGAGGAGUAGCCCUAGCUAAGAAGGCCGGGCUAUCUAGAGGAUCGUCGUCCAUCAUCGAAUUGUGA